AUGCGGAACCUCAAGAGCUACUUUAACAAGCCAGCUUUCGCGCAAGUACUGGACACCAGUCGAACACCAGUCAAGGAACCUUCGCGGGAGGUCGAGGAGCGCGCUGAAGUCUCGUCCUCCCCGCUUGCUGAUCCCCCACCUUCGUCCAAUCAACCGGUGUCAACAACCGCGCCGGAAAUUCCAAAUGGCCCUGGGGAGCAGCUGAAUGCGUCUCUGUCAGAAGCAGCUUCUCAGUACGUGCCCGAGGACCCGAUCGAGAACGAAAGCUUUUUGAGCGCCGAGUCAGCUGCGCCGCCGUCGUCCCUGGGCACAAGCCUCGCCAGUUCCCAACGCAUCGUCAAGGGAGGCAAAGAAAUCGUCAUUAGCUCGGAUGGAGAGGAAACGGAUGCAUUCGAUGAUCUAGAUGAUCCGUCCACGCUUUUUGCGCCGAAGCCAAAGCCCGAACCAAAGAAAGAGCCUGUGGAGACAAAGCCUGUCCGAGUGGACAAGGCAUACCUCGCCCGGCUAACGGCGCCGAAAAAGUACAAAAACAGCAUUGAUAGCCUGGUUCACGAUGCGCUAGAUGAAAAUGAGGUUGAUGCUCAUGUCGCCAGGGUCAAGGCUAGCUUUGUCCAAUCCAAUGCCGAGGAUGCCUCCAACCAGGCCGCAGCCAGACCGGCCCUGAACGAAGACGUCUUGACUUCGGCUUUAGGCGACACCAACGACGAGGAGGGUGGACCUGGGGUGCGGCGACUGCUGGAUGCGGUUCGAAGGACCGAGGCCCUCGACCAGGAGAGAGUUUGGAGGUUCUUUAACCAGACUCCUGCAACUCCCAUCGCGCCGGAUUUCCCUAGAGACCUUUUCCAACCUGAAUCGAAUCUGGCGCCACUACGAGAGCCCGAAACUCGCGCGCGUAUGAUCCAGUCGGGCAUUCUCGAAUUUGUCUCAUCACUUGGACGCCUACCAAAUGAAUUUCUCAAGUGGCUUUUUCUAUCCAUUCCAUGCGAACCCCGGGAGGAGUUAAGAAGGGCCUAUUGUCGAAUCCUUACAAAUGUACCCUUGGAAAGCAUCCAAUCGCAGAUAGGUUCAGGCGAUAUUGAUGAUCUCUUUCGACGAUUGGGAGCCAGGCCUCAAGCUUUGGCCCUCUCAAGCGUCAUCGUUGCAGAGCGUACAUACCAAUCGACUCAAGACUCUCAUAUCAAAUACCGAGGAAUUUUGCUGUCCAUUUUCAGUCUGUUCCAAGAUGCCUCGGAGCGAUUUUCCGUCGAAGUCCGGACGCAUGCUCUUCACCUUCUUUUGAGAAUGUCACUGGACAAUUCGGUAACAGCAGAUUAUGUCUUGUCUUCGCGGCUGCAAAGCGCGAUAACUGCACUUUUGGAAAAUGUUGCAGAAGCCGAGAUCGAUCAUCUGGAGCGCCAACUCAGUACAUCUCUGUACGAGACUGUCAAGGAUACACAAUUUCAGAGUUGCAUGGUAGAACAUAUCCUACCUACAUCACCCUGGGUUUCGGCGCUACGAUAUCGGCUCGCAAUGGCCUUCCUACUACAAAGCCCCAAGCCUUUGACCGAAUCUGUCGAGGAUGUUCUCAAUUUGGAACGAAUCACUUUGUUACUCCGAGAAAGGCGGUUCCAGAUCAGUCUUUACAACGGAAAUGAAGACGGGUACGACUAUGAAGAUUUGAUACAUCUGACUCUACUUCUUGAAGUGGUGCUUAAUAAGGCAUUGCUUGAUAUGCGGUACAAGCCUGCAGAUCGGAAAACGGAGUUCAACGUUGCCAUCGACCAGAUUGCGACGCAACUCAAAACGAACUUCGGGUCUAUGAAGGAGUCUGGUGCAACUCACCUGAAGCGGAUGCUGGCUAAAGGGGCUCUUGAGAUUCUGCAUUACCGUCUGGUCUUCUCGGUUCGGUCGAAGCCACCGCCUCGCAGAACUGCGUUCGAGAAUUUGGGAAAGGAUCACAAGAACAAAAGUAUCCGCCAAUACCUUCAGCGUCAGCCCCCUGUCCAAAAGGGAGAAACCGAUGAAGGAGACGAGACCCAGAUACCGAUCCGCAAACAUCAAGAUAAUCCUGCCACAUAG